AUGAUGAAUUACCAACAAGAUGAAAGUAUUAGAGAUCUCAAUGUCGCACUUCAAAGAGUUUUAUUGGCUUUUCCUGGCAACAGUGGUCACCAAUUGAUUCAAGAUACCGUGAGAAGAGCCAUCAACGCAUCUGCAUCGGAAUCCCAAUUUCCAACACCAGCAUGCAUUCAAACCGAAGAGGAAUCAAAACAUUUCGAUCAAUUACGUAACUUCAUCGACAAUCUUGUCUUAACAGUAACGCCUCAAGCUCUUCCAGCUUCCUCGUCGACAUCAUCAUCAAGUCGGCCAACUUCCGAACACAACAAACGAAAAUCUCUCGAUGAUCCGGAACACGAUGCAAAGCUGUCACGGAGAAAGUUGUCAAAAGCAGAGCAGGAAGCGGCGGGGGCUUUGCAAGAAUUAUCAGCCGGUGUUUAA